CAAUCUUUAUACUGAAAAGUCUAAAACCCAGGCUCCAUUUUUAUCUCUCUGUCCCUCGAUCUCGCUGUUUCAAUAUCUAAAGAUUUGAUCUUUUUAUUGUUUUCUAUUCUUGAUUUUUGUUAGGUUUUUACCCAUAUCUCUUCAAUUGGAGAUUUCUAGGGUUUCAAGUAUCGAUCCUUCUGUUCCCUAAUUCAAUUAAUAUUCUUUUCCUUGUUUCUCUAACCAACCACCCCAUCUGUAAUUUUUAUACGUUUCCCUAUCGCAAUUGGCUCGUAAAGAUUGUAGGGAUAGAAGAACCCCGCAAUCCAGUUUUUCCCUAAUUCAAUGUACUGUUAACUCAAUUCUUUGCCAUAUUUAGUUUCUUUUGAUUGAUGUGAUGCGGAAGAAGAGAAAAGGAAGUGAAACUGAAGCAUGUCAGGAUGUACUGCAGAAUGAGAUUACACCAAGGCAUGACGUGAAAUCAUCAAAUCUUAGAUCUCAUUAUUCUCUAGAAGAUUACAAUAGGAUAAAGAAGAGAUGUAAAGAAGAAGAAGAUGCAUGUAAUGAACCUGUUAGCUCUUUUAAGAGUAGGCUUGCUGGCGUUGCUACUGCUCCUCCUUGUGGUGCCUCCUCUUCCCUGUUGUUACCUGGAAGAGGCCUUAAGAGGAAGAUAGGAUGCAUAGAUGCUGCUACUCAGACAGGUAGAAAGAAUAAGAUUGAGGAUGAUUAUAUUUCAGGUGCCACUAUUGGUCGAGGUAAAUUCGGGUCAGUUUGGUUAUGUAGGUCUAAGUCAACUGGAGUAGAAUUUGCUUGUAAGACUUUGCGUAAGGGAGAGGAAACAGUUCACAGGGAGGUGGAGAUAAUGCAGCACUUAUCUGGCCAUCCUGGGGUUGUGACAUUGCACUCUGUAUAUGAGGAAUCAGAGUGCUUCCAUCUUGUGAUGGAGCUAUGCUCUGAAGGACGUCUGAUUGACCAGAUGGUUGAAGAGGGUCAAUACUCAGAACAACGCGCUGCUAACAUUUUUAAAGAUGUGAUGUCAGUUAUCAAGUAUUGUCAUGAUAUGGGAGUUGUUCACAGAGAUGUUAAGCCAGAGAAUUUACUUCUCAUGAGCUCAGGGAAGAUAAAGCUAGCUGAUUUUGGCCUGGCCAUGAGAAUCUCAAAUGGUCAAACAUUAUCUGGUGUAGCUGGAAGUCCAGCAUAUGUUGCCCCAGAAGUUCUGUCAGGAAAUUAUUCUGAGAAGGUUGACAUAUGGAGUGCUGGCGUCCUCCUACAUGCUCUCUUGGUUGGUGUUCUUCCAUUUCAAGGGGACUCCUUAGAAGCUGUUUUUGAGGCAAUCAAGAAUGUAAAGCUUGAUUUCCACACUGGGAUUUGGGAGGGCAUAUCUAAGCCUGCACGUGAUCUAGUUUCAAGAAUGCUGACUAGGGAUGUUUCAGCACGGAUAACUGCAGAUGAAGUGCUAAGGCACCCAUGGAUUUUGUUCUACACGGAACGCACAUUGAAGACACUGUCCAUUAAGACAAAACUGAAGAAUCAAGUUGGACAAGUCUCCUGCCAGACAGCUAAUGCGCCCCUGCUGGAGAUAAAUGGAAACAAAUCAGAAAGUGGCCCUGUCAUCGAGGAUUCAAAUCACCUUGCAUCAUCUGACAGCUUAAGCAGCAAAUCAGAGGAGCAGGAUGAAUGUGGUUUCGUGGAUACACUGGCAGUAGCAAUUUCUAAUGUGAAGAUUUCGGAGCCGAAAAGAAGCAGAUUGUGUGGGCCUACAGGCCCAAUAGAGCAGCAGCAUUCAUCUAACCUGACGGCUAACAAUCUCUGUAGAGCAUUUUGAUACUGCUGAUGAACUGACAAUGUUGGAGAACAUAAAUCCGUGUAAGAUAAGCUCAAGAAUAUAGAGUGGAUUAUAGCACGCGCCAAGUGGUGAAAAGUAGCUUUCUGCCAAUCUUAUUUCAUUAAGAUGUAUAUGACUGCAAUGCUUCUCGUCUUGGCAAAUGGCCUAAUAAUGGUUCUAGCCUGUACAGCAGCACUUUGUAAAUAGACUGGUUUAACGGAGUAAUUCUGAUUUAUAUUAUUUUCGUCA